AUUAAAAAGCACAGGAAAUCUCACUGAAGCUGCAGUAACAUCCCUGGCCACCAGAGGACAGGGACCAAGGGUAGAGAGGGGUUCCUCAGCAGAAGUCUUAAAGAGGUUAAAGGCAGACGCCGAGCAUCGGCCGGCAUCUAGGGCCUUCAGACGGCGUUUACUAAGCGCUCAACGGCCUCCUUUCUCCAGGUGGGCUCCUUCUCCUCCUCCAAAAGAUGGCUCAGAAGUUCCCAGAGGCUUACCCCAAUACUAACCUUAAACGAUUAUCAAUACUAACGAACGCAUUUGAGUUGCGGGAUUUAAAGGUAGAAAAGGAGUAUGGGGGUGUUUUCAUCUUUCUAACCCACCCCAAACCUGCUUCUUGCCAAUUAAAAAAAAGUUCCUCAGGCGGUGUCCAAAUGGACAUUCCGCAACAAAGAUGCCUUUAGGGACCAAUGUCCCAAAUCCAGGACCUUACAAAUGGAAUCGUUUAGGAGCCAGAUGAUUCCUACACAUAAAUCCAGGCUCACGGAGCAGUCCACUCGCAGUGUGCUUUUCCGUCAUUAAUCACAUCUUUGUUAUGUGAUAUCCAUGUGAGUACUUCUCAGUAGAAGCAGCUUCAUGCUUAAAUGCUCAAAGAACACUAGGAUAAAGCUCCGAUUGUCCUAUUCAGUGAUUCCGAGUCCUGGUUUGUCACCACCUCAGGUCUCCAGGUUUCCAAAGUGUGUAAUGUAGUCUCCAAAGCAAGCUGUUUUAAUGAAUCCAAAUAAAAACCGCACGAAGUGUGUGGCGUUACAUCAACAGGGUCUUGCACCUCUCAAGAGGCACUGAACCUCUGGUCCGAUUUAAAGAUGAUUCUGUGCUGCCCGAAGUAGAAAACAUUUUUAAAGAGAAUUUUAGGCUGCCCCUACUCGUUAAACUCGUAAGCAUAACUAAGUAAAUAUAUGCAGAGUGAAAUAAUGAAAGUUAGGAACAUUCAAGUGGGGGCUUUCGACGACAAACACAUCCAGAUGGCCGAAUGCCUGACAGCACUGGUGUGAUUUUCUUGAAGUACCUGUAACCUCUCUUUCCUAACAGACGGCCGUGCCCUGCAUUUGGGAUUCGUCAGACGGUUUCAAGAGCGCUUGUAAUUCUCUCAAAUCAUUGUUUGCGUUUCUGCGCGCUGGGGAGGCAGAUGGAAGCAGCCCAAGGAGGAGGCGCAGGCUGUGCAUCUCGGGCCGGGGGACCCUGAAAUACCUGUCGGGGCGCAGCGCUGCCGGCGCGCGGCCGCGGCGCGGACCCGGCCCGGGGGUCGGGGCUGGGAGCCGGGGGCGGCGGCGGCGGGCGCGGAAGGGGAGGCCGUGGGGCCGCCUCCUCUGGCCGCGCCGGCUCCUCCCAGCGGCGCCUGCGGAACCUGCCUCGGAGCCGCCGAACCCUGGAGCGGAACGUGCCCCGACCCCUCCCCGAGCUGCGCGGCCGAGGCGCGGAGGCGCGCGCGGGGCUCGGGGGCCGCGGCCCCGCCCGGCGCCCAGCGCCCUGCCCUCGCCUGUCUCCUCCUUUCCCCCGGGCUCCGCUGAGUUCAUUCACUGGGAUUGGUUUCAAGUGACGCCAUCUCUUUAUUUUUAAACCAAUGACCUCAUCCGCGCUUGAAGUUUCCUGACCAGCGACUCUUUCUCUUUCCCCCCAACCCCCCACCCCACCCCCCCGCCUUUCCCCCUCUUUCUGCGUAUCCCUGUUUGGGGGGCUUUCACCAGUUUUUCAACGAUUAUUAUCACCUCUGCCUCCCCCCUCCGCCUGCCCCACGCGGCCCCCCACCUUCACCUCCCCAGUUCUUCACCGCUUUCAGCAUUGUUUUUUCAAGGCUGAUGGGGGGGUAGUGGAAGAGAAAGAGUGAAGAAAAGUGGCAAACGUCUCUUCUCUGCCUAAGCCUCCCGCCCCCACCCGCCUCGCAGAGACGGAGAAGAUAAUAUAGUGAAAAGAAGAGGCGGCGGAGGAGAGCGCGACGGGACGGGCGCGGGCGCGAGCGCAGCCUCCCUCCCGGCUCCGCGGCGGCGGCGCCUCGCCAGUCCGGGAGGCGCGGGGCCCAGGGGAGACGCCGUGACAACGCUCGUUUCCCCCAGACGGAGUCGGGAGGUCGGCAGCCCCCCAAAUGAGGAAACUGAGACCUUAGAGAGACUGAGUAAUUGAUCCAAAUCCCAAAGCAAGCAAGAAGUGGCGCCAGAACUGGAGCUGAGAUCUGCUGACUCAUUUUCAGGCUUUUCAGUUCAGUGUGAAGCUGUCGGAGCGAGGGAGCAAAGGUAAAGAAUGAUGUAACGAACUGGCCGCCCUAAAGCAUCUUUUGUUGUGGCAUGGUUAUUCCAGUCAUCUCUUUAUGAAUCAGAUGUGAGGGGCUGCUUUGUGGAAGGAGUCCUUUGCAAGAGCACAUCAGCGGGAAAGAGAAAGAGACAUUCACUUGGAGGGCUCUUGCUGAAAAUGGGUUUAACUCUCCUUUUGCCAGUCACCACCAGCCUGACCUCAUACAGUUCUAGUACAAUGGAGUGGCUGAGCCUUUGAGCACACCACCAUUACAUCAUCGUGGCAAAUUAAAGAGGGAGGUGGGAAAAGAGGACUUAUUGUUGUCAUGGCCCAUGAGAUGAUUGGAACUCAAAUUGUUACUGAGAGGUUGGUGGCUCUGCUGGAAAGUGGAACGGAAAAAGUGCUGCUAAUUGAUAGCCGGCCAUUUGUGGAAUACAAUACAUCCCACAUUUUGGAAGCCAUUAAUAUCAACUGCUCCAAGCUUAUGAAGCGAAGGUUGCAACAGGACAAAGUGUUAAUUACAGAGCUCAUCCAGCAUUCAGCGAAACACAAGGUCGACAUUGAUUGCAGUCAGAAGGUCGUAGUUUACGAUCAAAGCUCCCAAGAUGUUGCCUCUCUGUCUUCAGACUGUUUUCUCACUGUGCUUCUGGGUAAACUGGAGAAGAGCUUCAGCUCAGUUCACCUGCUCGCAGGUGGGUUUGCCGAGUUCUCCCGUUGUUUCCCUGGCCUCUGUGAAGGAAAGUCCACUCUAGUCCCCACCUGCAUCUCUCAGCCUUGCUUACCUGUUGCCAACAUUGGGCCAACCCGAAUUCUUCCCAAUCUCUAUCUUGGCUGCCAGCGAGAUGUCCUCAACAAGGAGCUGAUGCAGCAGAAUGGGAUUGGCUAUGUGCUGAAUGCCAGCAACACCUGCCCCAAGCCCGACUUCAUCCCCGAGUCGCACUUCCUGCGAGUGCCUGUGAAUGACAGCUUCUGUGAGAAGAUCCUGCCGUGGUUGGACAAAUCCGUAGAUUUCAUCGAGAAAGCAAAGGCCUCCAAUGGGUGUGUCCUCGUGCACUGCUUAGCUGGCAUCUCCCGCUCCGCCACCAUCGCCAUCGCCUACAUCAUGAAGAGGAUGGACAUGUCCUUAGAUGAAGCUUACAGAUUUGUGAAAGAAAAAAGACCUACUAUAUCUCCAAACUUCAAUUUUCUGGGCCAACUCCUGGACUAUGAGAAGAAGAUUAAGAACCAGACUGGAGCAUCAGGGCCAAAGAGUAAACUCAAGCUGCUGCACCUGGAGAAGCCGAAUGACCCUGCCCCUGCAGCCUCAGAGGGUGGACCGAAAAGCGACCUGUCCCUCAGUCCACCCUGUGCCAACUCUGCUACCUCAGAGGCAGCAGGGCAACGGCCUGUGCAUCCUGCCAGUGUGCCCAGCGUGCCGCCGUCACUGCUAGAGGACAGCCCGCUGGUACAGGCGCUCAACGGGCUCCACCUGGCCUCAGACAAGCUGGAAGACAGCAAUAAGCUCAAGCGUUCCUUCUCUCUGGAUAUCAAAUCUGUGUCGUACUCAGCCAGUAUGGCAGCAUCCUUGCAUGGUUUCUCCUCAUCAGAAGAUGCUCUGGAAUACUACAAACCUUCCACCACUCUGGAUGGGACCAACAAGCUAUGCCAGUUCUCUCCGGUCGAGGAAGUGUCGGAGCAGACUCCGGAAACCAGCCCAGAUAAGGAGGAAGCCAACGUCCCGAAGAAACCUCAGACCGCCAGGCCUUCAGACAGCCAGAGCAAGCGCUCACAUUCAGUAAGAACCAGCAACAGUGGUGCCACCCAGAGGUCCCUCUUGUCUCCGCUGCAUCGAAGCGGGAGUGUGGAGGACAACUACCAUACUAACUUCCUCUUCGGCCUUUCCACCAGCCAGCAGCACCUCGCGAAGUCCGCCGCCGGGCUGGGCCUCAAGGGCUGGCACUCGGACAUCCUGGCUCCCCAGACCUCCACCCCGUCCCUGGCCAACAGUUGGUAUUUUGCCACGGAGUCCUCUCACUUCUACUCCGCCUCCGCCAUCUAUGGGGGCAGCGCCAGUUACUCCGCCUACAGCUGCAGCCAGCUGCCCACCUGCAGCGACCAGGUCUAUUCCGUGCGCAGGCGGCAGAAGCCAAGCGACCGAGCUGACUCACGGCGGAGCUGGCACGAAGAGAGCCCCUUUGAAAAGCAGUUUAAACGCAGAAGCUGCCAGAUGGAGUUUGGAGAGAGCCUCAUGUCGGAGAACAGGUCGCGGGAAGAGCUGGGGAAGGUGGGCAGCCAGUCCAGCUUCUCAGGCAGCAUGGAGAUCAUCGAGGUCUCCUGAGAGGACGGCCUCUGUGACUUCCAUGGACAGCUUUUUUCUUGUUCACAAAAAAUAUUCCCUGUAAAUCUGAAAUAUAUAUAUGUACAUACAUAUAUAUUUUUGGAAAAUGGAGCUAUGGUGUAAAAGCAAAAGAUGGAUCAACAGUUUUUCUCUUAACAUCCGCAUUUGAGAGAUCCGCUCAUAUUUCUCUCAACAAAGUGGAAGGGCACGUGGCAGGUUCUCCCCUAGAUAGAUGAAACGAUUUUAUGCAGUGAAUUGCACAUCCUCUUGUUCUUAGUGAAUCGAGUUUUAUUUGGUGUUGGAGACAGAAUCCCCUACCAGUUUCAUGUUGUGCUACAAAGAAAUCUCAAAUGCUAGCCCUCGUCCAGUCCCUUCCAUCGUGCACCUUAGCGCUGAGACUGAGCCAGCUUGAGGGUCAGGUGGGUAGACCCUUUUAGGGACAGAACCUAAUGGUAAAUCCAAGAGAAAUGAUCAAUUCCAAAGCUAACGAAUUCCCGCUCACCUGACGGCCGAGUGACGCGAGCAUCAUUCUGCUGGACGGACCGUGCGGGGCCUUGCCAAGGUCGCGUUUAGAGCAAACCAGUACCUCAGAGUGAAAGUCGGGGCGUUCCCACCGCACGUCUGGUAGCCCAUGUUCUAGGCAUUGUGACCAGUAGGGAGCUAGUCCCGCUUGUCAGACCAAUUUAAACUGUCCAUGCACAGAUGUCCAGCUGGGCCCGGAUGGAGGGAGUCCACUUUUUCUUUCUUCUUCUCAGCUUUAUGAAGAAAGAGAAGGGAAGCCAUCUGGGAUUCAGUUUAACAGCCAGGAAUCUGGCAGUGCAAUGAUUUAAGCUAAGGUUGGGAGGCUAAACAAGUCUUACUUUCCUCUUUAUAAAUCAGAGAAUUGUUCAAAAUGGGAUUGUUAAUCCUUUAAAUAGAGAUUAACUUGGUUUCAAGCCAGAUGUGAGUUUUUGGUAGCAGAACAGCAGCACCUCCAGAUUCCCAGCCACAGUAGGUGUUUUCCAUUUCUGUUUCCCUGCACAGAUACAUUUUGUAAAAAUGUGACAAUAAGGUAGAAUUUUUUAGGAAACUACCAGAGGGAGAAAAACGAAGGAAAGAUUGAAGAAAGUAAAAUUGCUGAGGAGCAGCAGGGAGCUGUUGUUUUCUGGAUGUUUCCUUUCCCCUCAGCACGCGAGGAGGGUGGCGUGUCUGUGAUUCCCUUAGAGUUGCAGACUCGCUGGUGGGGCUGGGGGCCCGAGUGAGCAGGGACUGGGCAGAAUCAAACGGCGUGGGAGGCGAGGAGAGAGCGGCUGGACUGUGUUUCGCUGUGAGCGGAGUGGGAAGCCACAGCUGAGCUAUUCUCAGAAAUCGUCCCCAGCACUUUCUUAGUAGAAAGGACAUAGCAAAAUGGAGUGGGCCCACGGCCGCUCAGCCCUUGACCUACAAUCACUGUACAGAACCAGUCCUGGCAGCUGAAAGAGGAGGUGAUUAGAACCAGUACACAAGUGACAGGACAGAUCUGCUUUUAAACUUCCUGGCUUGAGUUCUCUCAACAGUGUGGUCCUCUUCUGAAACCUUCACUCACGUCAGCAGCUUUGGGGGUGGGGGGGUUAUCAUUGUUCUUUACUGUAAGUGUAGCUAGUUGCUGACUCAUAUCUCAGGUUUUUCUAUGUUUGAGAAAUGGACAGUCCUUUGACUAGGAUGUGACUUAAUGUUUCCUAUGGUGACUGCUAAAACCAGCACAGAAUGACGUGAUUCAAAACUGACUUGAUCAUGACAAUGAUGACCUUCACUGAACUGGUUAUGCACAAGUGACAUGCUGUGAGGGGGGGCAGAAAAAGGGUAACUGAGUGCAUCGUUACCUUACUGAAAAAACUGUUAAAUGAUCUGAGUUGGUUUUUCUGUCUACAUUUAAAUUUUGGAUGUAAUCAGACAUUCUCACGGUUUCACACAGCAAUUUUUGAUGUGUUAUGUGUACACACACCAAAUGGCUAACAGCUCUCUGUUUGCAGAGUCUGGUCACAACUGUCAGACACGUUUCAGAAGUGAAAGCAAUAGCUCCAAUGUUAGUAUGUUUCGGGAGGGUUGGGGACGUGGUUUUCACGAGAUCUUUGGGCAGGAAUUUGCCUCCCAUCAUUUGGGAUUUCUCUCGGCCACGCUCCCCUUCCUUCCUGUGACUGUGAUGUAGUCAUACACUACAGCCUUUAGUCCUUGAUUGCUAACGUCCAACAAUCAGUUCUCAGAAUGAAGACCAACCUGCGGAAGGGGUGGCCUCAGAGCGGCCUGGAGCUGACGGGCGUCGCAGGUCACGUGGGGCAGCUCGCUUCGGCGCGUAAUCGUAGGGGAGGCCCUGCAGUCUGCUAGGAGGAUACAGAAUGGUGAUUUUAAAGAGCAAACUAGACUUCUAUGUGAGAAAUGCUGGAAAAUGGUUUAGGACAUUUGUAAAGUUAGGUGGAAAGACUGUACAAAUGUUUAAUAUGAAUAUAGUGUUCCUUGGGAAUAAGGCAAGCUGUUGAAUGGUUAAAUUGUGCAUUUCUCAUUUUGAUGUGUCAUGUAUGUUAAUAUGAUGAAAUAAAAUCAAAACUGGUACCUGUUUAUACAUAAA